CGGUCUUAGUGCACCAAUCCAACAACAAACUCCAGGCACCAAGUAGGGCGCAAACACAGUCUUGUGUUACUGUCUAGGAACUGUGGGUGAUGAGGUGAUUUGCAUUGAUAUCAGUCCCAUUGUAGAUGGUCUUCUCCAGAAACAAACGGUAAUUCUGUAUGUAAGUAAAGACGGUCACUCACUCCUCGCCAAUGGAACUCAGUGCAUGACCAGAGAGACUCAGCACAAGAGAUGGUACCUAUGAAAACGAUGACAGGGACAGGCCUCUAUUCGCUUGCUUGCCUUCUCAUGAUCAGCAGUGUCCGUUCUACCUGUGUUCCUUUGGAGUGUCUGAGGUGUGACAUAAUCCCCUCACCUGAAGUGUCUGGGAAUCACAAAGCAGAUGAGGCCACCUGUGAACACCUGUGCUCUAACACUACCCAAUGUCUCAAUACCACUGAUGUAGAGAAUUGCAUAAAAGAUUUUGAAGUGUUUCUGAACACCAGUAAUGGAUUUGAAGUGGAGGAGGGUGAUGACCUCACAAUGGAGUGUGCCCACGACCUACCGGUGAGAGAUCAUGACCUGCUGGUGUUUGUCUGGCUGAAGGAUGGGCUUCCCCUGGAGGGCGAGAACAAUAGCACGGUGACCUUGGAGAGGAUAGGCAUAGAUACCCCUGCCGAUGGGAUAUACACCUGCACCAUCCAGAGUCCCUGUGGCAACUUCACCUCAGAUCCAGAAGAACUUGAAUUUAAAGACCUGACAGUGGUGAUCAUUGUGAUCUGUGGUGUGUCUGCUGUGGUGCUGGUCCUGUCACUGGGCAUGGGCAUCAAGAUCAUGCUGAAGAAGGACUUUGCGAAGACCAAGACCAGGAUGCAGCAUAAUACUCAGAACCUACGGAACACCGCCAACACAACAGAGUAGGGUUUCCUUUUUACCUAGACAUUUUCUUCCUGAGAAAAUUGCAAGCCUUUCCCGGGCAUCCAUGUAUUCCCGUUAAAACAGGGAAGGCUUUUUAAAAGCAUGUAAAAAUCUGAUUCACUGUAAAUGGAGAAAGAUACACACGUGUCUAACGGUUUCUUGCUCUAUUUGUUGCAAUUUAAAGGUACAAUGCAGACGUUUUUAUCUCAAUAUCAAAUCAUUUCUGGGUAACAAUUAAGUACCUUACUGUGACUACUUUAAAUUAAAAUGGUAAAAUAGAUUUUUACCAAAGAGCAAUUUCUCAAGCAAGAAUUUUGCUAGGACUGUCUGGGAGUGGUCUAGGUGGUGAGGGGAAACUGAAAAUGUGCUGUUAUUGGCAGAGAAGUUUGGAACUCUCUUUCGUAUUGGCCUAUUAACUAAUUUACCGCCUGGUGAUGUCACCAGUUGGGCCAAAACUCAAAAAAAAAAAAUUGAAUUAUCAUAAUUUUCACAAAUUCACAGUAUUAUUCGAAACUCUAGGAAAUCACGUUUUUCUAGGCCUUAAAUCAACAUAAAGUCCCUUCAAAGUCACCACACUGUUUCGUUGAUGUUGCCUAGUUUUAAUGUAAGGUCUAUGAAGCACUGUCGGCCGACUGAUAACAUAUUGUUACAGCCUAGUGAAAAUUACGGUCAUAACCAUGUCAUAAUAUGUAUAUAGCUGACAUAUCUUGUCAUAAGCUGUUAUAAUAUGGUCAUAACCCUGUCGUGACACUUAUAUUUUGGCCCGUUGUGACAUAUAUUGCGUUAUUUUAUGGCUGGUUAUUAUGACACCUAGAUAAGAGUGUCAAAACCCACAGAACCUACCGCACAAGGCAAAACAUUCAAUUACACCAUAGCCUACAUGUCUACAAUACGUUUAUGUUAUAUUUCUUGGUUGAAAUUGACCAUAUUAAAUGAUCAUUGUAAUGGAGCACACAUUGAUGUCAGACAUGCACCUACCUCAAUGCUCUCUUGCUAAUGACUGGGAUGAAUGCAGGAGCAGAUUUCAGGAACAGGACAAGACACCCUCUUUUUGACUGAUGACAUAAGGGCCUAUCUGUCUUAUAUUUGAUAUUUGAUAUGUAUUAGCGUUCCCAUUAGCCGCUGCAAAGGCUUCAGCUACUCUUCCUGGGAUCCACAUGAAACAUGACAUAAGACAUAGUACAUAACAUUAUUAGUCAGGGACUUAACUACGUACAUGUAAAAUGCAACGCAUAGCCUACAUUUCAGUCCAUACACACAAUAUCUAGGACAAAUACAUAGUACAGUGUAAAUUACAGUACAAUAUAGGUAGAAUGUCUGUGUCUCUUCCCUUUGUGCAGUAAGGUGUUCUUUUAAUCGGGUUCUGUUGCGAGCUUGAGCUAUAUGAUUAAGGUGGUCAUAAUGCUUGUUGACAGUGACAUAAAGUGUAUUUUGUUAGUCCAGGUAGAGUGACACAGGGAGGUCAUAAUGCUUCAUGACAGUGAGUAUAAAGUGUAUUUUGUUAGUCCAGGUAGAGUGACACGGAGGUCAUAAUGCUUCAUGACAGUGAGUAUAAAGUGUAUUUUGUUAGUCCAGGUAGAGUGACACAGGGAGGUUAUAAUGCUUCAUGACAGUGAGUAUAAAGUGUAUUUUCUAUGUUGUUUAAAAUAUGAUGGGGGAAAAAACAUGACUGUAAAGAAUACAUUACAACAACAACAACAAACAAUGAACAAACCUUCAAACAAAAGGAAACCUCUUGGCAGGGAAAAACGGAAUAAAUGUGUGUUUUAACACUCUUAUGUAGGUUUCAUAACCAGCCAUAAAAUAACACAAUAUAUGUCACAACAGCUGUAAAUAUAUGGGUCAUGACAGUGUUAUGAUCAGUGUUAUGACAGGUUAUGACAUGGUUAUGACCGAGUCAUGACGUGUUAUGACACUGGGUGUCAAGU